UAAAUAAAAGAUGAUAAAUUUUUUUCAAUGGGUGUGUUUGCUGGUGUUUGAAUAAAACUUGAACUUUUUAACGAUUUAAUUUAAUUAAAUAAUACUAUUUCGUCGUCAUUUAUCAUUCCCGAGUGCGAUUAGUUUGUUGAGCGUUCAAUUGUUACUACAUUCUUGUCGAAUUAAUCGAUUGAUUUCGGCUGGUUUGCGAAGAAAUGCUGAAGAAUUACGUUACAGAAGCUCGUAAACAGGUAGAAUGUCAACUUUAGACGCUGAUCUGAGAUACAAAGAUAAUCCGCUGUACGAGUUCCACGAGCCAAGCGAUUACUCGGUUUUCUAUAUUACUCUAGCAUUUUGCUCAGCGCUCGCCCUGUUCCUUCUCGUCGUGAACGUUUACUUCUGUUGCUUCUCGGAGCAUAAAAACUACUGGGUGAACACCUAUACAGGAAAUUAUUGGAUUCUACCGUUUUGGGUUCGAACUCCGGCCGAUCAAGUGCCUUUUGAUUUGAAAGAACUCGAGUGGGUCAUUCAACCCGAACGUUCCGUGUAUCAAGCUCAAAUUUCCGAAGAGUAUUUGGAGUUGCAGAGAAAAGAAAGCGAUAUUUAGCGUCGUCGGUGAAAAUGUUUCACGUUUAUUAUCCGCCUUUGUUCUUUUUAGCCAUUUUCAUCGUAUUGGUGAUCGUGUUGUUGCUGCGACACGGUCCACGAUUCUUGAACAUUCGCCAUACCACCAAUCCGGCAUCUGCCGAUUGGUUCGAUCGUAAUUACGAACAAAGAGUAUCUCACGCCUAACUUAUCACGAUUAUGAAUUAUUAAUUCACUUGCUACUAAUUAGACUUCGAUCGGCGAUCGCAGACGAUGGACACGUUAAUCUAUUACUCGAAUCUCGGUUUUGACUCUCGACACUCGUCAUCGUCGUUGUCUAAUUGGUAAUCUUUCGUAAUAAUAGUUUCAAGUAUUAUCGUUAUUAUUUUAUUUAUUAUUAGGUAUUAAGGUACGAAUGUACUACGAAAUGUAUCGGUAUCUGUAAUUUGUAAGUCUGAUCCGUAUGUCUCUCGAGCACCCUUCCAAAAUUGAACUCGAGUUUCACACGAUCGAGUUGUGUUAUUCGCCAUUUAUCGUUUCACUCAAACCGUACGAAUCUCUCAAUUCACUUAAAGUAUUUCAAUUUUACGUUGGUAUUUUUAAAAGUUUAAUAAUUCAAAAGUUUGUGAUAAUCAUACAUAUUAUGUAGUUGAUGAAUCGAUGAUAUUCCGUCCUUAUUUGUAUGCAACUUUUAUAUUUGACGUUAUUUUUAUAUGAUAUUGUUUUUUACGACUUUUAUAUCGUUUUAUUGUUCAUUUUUUUUUUUUUUUUGUCUUAAUAACUUUUUGCAAUUGUGUUCGAGUAUUUUAUGAUACAUUAUCAUGUUUUUUCAGUAUUCUAUAAUGCUCAAACAUACGACAACGUGUGCCUUUUUUCCACUCCGCUCCACUCCUUGUGACCAAAAAAUGAUACUUUAUAGAACGUAGGUGAUAUUUGUUCACUCUUAUGAGAAAUCACUUCGUGUGCGAUGAUAUUUUCAUUUUUGCAACGAGAUGUAUAUUUUGAUAUUUUUUGUAACUGUCCGUCCAUUUUUUUUUCUGAUACAGCUGCUAUUUUACCGAAUGGAGAUCACGUUUUAAUAAAUUUUUCAUUUUAUUAUU